AACAUUACCACAAUAUAGAGAACACACUAACAUUUACUACUAUAAGCAAGCUGAUUCUGCGUUAUUAAUUAUAGAGAAAAUCAAGUUUGAUUAAAAAAAGCACUUUCUCAUGGCUCUUGCUGCUUGUAGUUUCAUACAAAUGCCACUGCUGCGAACAAAUAAAUUUAAAUCUUCUCCUACAAAACCUAUGAUUAUUACCAUAACAUGUGUUAACCAUAAAUAUAAAGCUAAACAAGUUGAUAGAAGCAGAAAUGGAGGAUAUGGACCUGGCCCACAGACGAAUGGUAUUAAUCUCCAAAGCGCAAAAACAACAACUAGAAAUCUUCAACUUGAUAACGUUUAUGCUACCACCGCUUUGAGUAGUGUCGAUGAUGAAGAUAAUCACAACACAACUAGUCCUAAAAGGAUUGGCAACGUAGAUUAUCAUUAUGAAAUAUGAAUUGAAUGUGCAUACAUGGUGUCAAUUUUGUCAACAAAAAAAAUCACCAUGAAAUCAACAAGUUGUAAUCAUGCAAUGAUAGAAACUGAUGUAUAGAAUGAAUUUACAGAAUAACAAUACAGGUUUAAUGAAAAGUCUUUAAAUCAA